AUGUUAGCCAACGAUGGAAAAGUUAAAAAACUCGGUCUCGAAAAUGGUGGUGGUUCUCGUUUGUGUGAUUGGUCUGAUAAAUCGAUGACUUUAAAAGAUGUUCAUCAUCUUAUUCGUAACUUAUUCAAAUUGGCUGAUAUUGAACGUGAAACAUCAUUAUACGAUUUCAAACUCCAGCCACUGAAUUUCAAUCAGUAUCGAACUUUUUUUGAAUACAUUGAUCAACAAGGCUUAAAUUGUACAAGUACCGUUAUCUAUGUUUGCACACAUGAAGGUAGUAAUAACAAUUCCGCAAGAAAAAGUUCGUUGGUAAAUGAGAAAAAAGUUAAACAGAAAACAUUGAAUUCCUCAAUCUCAAGAGAAGAAACAUCUGUAGAAACAAUCACAAGCGCGUCCAUUACAUCAAUGCAAUUUAAUCGUGUUGACGUUGAACAAAAUUUCAAUCAACAACAAAUUGCUAACUCGUCAUAUGAAUAUUCAUUAUUAAUUGCAAUCAGCUCGAUAAUGAAAAAUCUCCGCGAAAUGAUUAGCAAAAAUAGAUUUUAUACAGUUUUAAUGAAAUUAUUUGAGAAUAUGUCAAUAAUUGAUGGAUAUUCGUGCUUAUUAAUUAAUUCAUUAAAACAACGAAUUGCACUAUCAAAAACAGAUUUUCAAUUGAUUAGCCAAUCUGAAAUUAUACUAUACUCGAAUUGUUUAAAUAAUUUUCUGACUAUUUCUGAAUCAACAGUAAAAUUAUUUAAAGGACAAAAGAAUAGAUUUAGUAAUAUUGAACUUUACUCAACAAUUCGUGAAUCAUUUAUUGUAUUCUAUCACAACCUUAAGAUUUUACAUACUAAUUGGAUUAAACGUGUUGAAAAAUACGACGAGGCUAAUAGAGUUUCAUCUUCCUUUGUUCGAUUGGAACCACCAACAUCAUCGAAUUCGAAUACUCAAUCUUUAUCGCAGUGUAAUAUUGGCAAAGCUGUUGAAACAUCCAGUAAAGAUCAUAGAGAAACUGCUAACUUAUUUCAACAAUUGUUGAAAUGUGCAAGAGAUUUAUUGAAUACUAUGAAUAAUCCAAAUUUAUCAACAUUUCGUGAUAUGAUUCAAUCAAUAAUUGUUGACAUCGAAUCCUUGCAAUCGACUAUUAAUAUAUGUGAUCCUAAAUCUCUAGGUAAUGCAAAACAAACGGUGAAUUCGAUAAAAUUUCAAUAUACAAACAAAUUUGACGCCGAUGCUCUUACAUCACCUAAAUAUCACAUUACUCGACCGACUAAGCAAGCAUGUGAAAAAACAUUAACAGCAAUGUGUGAUUUACUUUCAUAUCUUACAAAUUAUCAAAUUCAAACCGUUGCAGAUCCAAGAAAAAGCUCAAAUCUAUCAUCAGCUUACGUAUUGAUAGAUUCCCAAGAAAAAGUCGAAAAUAGACUAUCAAUCCAAUCGCAUAAACGAAAGUUAGAAAUUGUACAUGCUGAUAACCAUGGUCAUAUUGAAAUCAAAUCAAUUAAACGUGAAAGUUUACCGCACCAUAUUAAAAUUGAAAAUAAACGAAAAAAAUAA